UAAGCAUGACCGCAUAUGGUACUACCAAUAUCAGCGGUGAAGUCAUUCAUCGUCACCCAUCCUGGGAAAACGUCGUCAUUCACAGAAACCAUGGCCAAAUUAUCGUCAUCCUUGACAUCGUCCUGUCUCACAUUCCUCGUCCUCAUCUCUUUUAACCCCAUCACCAAGGUCGCCUCUUUCCCCACAGGCGCCCCCAACGGUACCUGCGCCACGUUGAUGCCUGGCCAUGGACACCCUGCUCAAACGUCCCCGUCGCCAUAUAAACUCGCCUUGGACACGACGAGUGUUAAGCCUGGGGAGAAAAUAAAGCUCACGAUUUCCGGUAAGCCAGGAUUGAAAGGUUUUCUCGCCCAAGGGCGGAAGCACAGCGGGACAGGGGACACAACCCCCCACGGAAUAUUUACGAGUGGUGGGCCGGACUCAAAAACGAUAACGUGUCACCAUGACCAUGCCUCGAUCACGCAUACGAACAACGAUGUCAAGAACUCCAUCAGCGUGACCUGGACUGCCCCCCAGGAAAAGGGAAAAUAUCAAAUUUUAGUAACGACUGUUCAGUCAUUCAAAAUAUACUGGGUUGCACAGGUCGCGGACAGUAUCGAUGUGCAAUAACGAUUGAAUCAAUUUUAUUAUAAAAUUCUACUGAUUUGCAUGCCUUGACUCCUAUUAAAAUUAGAAUUCUA